AUGCAGGCUAGUUCGAAAUAUUUGACGAUAAUUAAGCUUUAUAUAAAUUGUAAUCUUCGUUAUCGCUUACCACGUUCACUUAAUCCUUGCAACAACCUAUCAUCAUCUAAAACUCAACAUAUAACGCCCAAUCUGUUGACUGAGAAUGCUGCAACGCUGUUCACACCAACUGCUUCUAGCGAUGACAAUGAAAUUCAUCUAUUAGUAUGUGGUGCUCCAAAAGUUGGAAAAUCAACAUUGAUUAAUGCUCUAUGUGGUCUUCCCGUAGCUAAAGUGAAUAGUGCGAUAGGACUCGAUCAAUGCACACAAACGACAAAUUUUUACAAAAUAGACAAUAUCUAUUUUUGGGACACACCUGGUAUUCAACAAUGGUCUGAUCUAGAUAUUGAUUCAUAUAUUAAUUCAGUCUCAUCACGCCAAGUACCACUUUAACAAGUUCAAUCAAAAAAGAAUCAAUAUAAACAAUUUGGAAUUACUGUUGCUCAAGGAAAUGGAAAAGGACACGAAUUAAAUCACCUCUGCUGGCCUCACGGGAUCUUUGUUGAUGAUAAUAAAUCAAUUUAUAUUGCUGAUUCUGAGAAUCAUCGUAUUGUAAAAUGGAAGUUGAACUCAAAUACUGGUGAAAUCAGUGCAGGUGGAAAUGGAAAAGAAAAUCAAAAUAAUCAAUUGAAGUGUCCAACAGAUAUAAUAUUUGAUAAAAAAAAUAAUUCUUUCAUUAUUUCUGAACGGGGAAACAAACAGGUAAUUCGAUAUUUUGAUAAUAAUCAAACUAAUCGAGAAAUUAUUAUUUCAAAUAUUGAUUGCUAUGGUCUCGCAAUCGAUAAAAAUGGAUCUAUUUAUGUUUCUGAUUGGCAGAAUCAUCAAGUAAGACGACAGAAACAAGGAGAUACAAAAGGCGAAUUAGUUGCAGGUGGAAAUGGUAAAGGAAAUCAUCUUAAUCAACUCAAUUCUCCUACUUUUAUCUUUAUUGACCACAAUUAUUCUCUUUAUAUAUCAGAUACAGACAAUCAUCGUGUAAUGAAAUGGAAAAAAGAUGCAAAAGAAGGAAUUAUUGUUUCUGGUGGAAAUGGUAACGGAGAUAGUCUCAAACAAUUGAGUUGUCCUUGUGGAGUGAUUGUUGAUCAUUCGGGUCAUAUUUAUGUAGCAGAUUACGGGAAUAAUCGAGUAAUGCGUUGGUGUGAAGAAGAUAAAGAAGGUGAAAUUGUUGUGGAUGGAAAUGGUUAUGAAAAUCAGCCAAACCAAUUGCAUGGUCCCGUAGGUUUAUCAUUUGAUAAUGAAGAAAAUCUUUAUGUUGCUGAUAAAUGGAAUCAUCGAAUCCAAAAAUAUGAAAAAAUGUGA